GACGACAUGGACGUCGGCGCUGGCGAUCAGGGCAUCAUGUUCGGCUAUGCCAGCGAUGAGACCGCGGACUGCAUGCCUUUGACCCACUCCAUGGCCACCCGCCUGGGCAAGACGCUCACGGAGGUCCGAAAGAGCGGUGAGUGCUGGUGGCUCCGGCCGGAUGGCAAGACCCAGGUCACCAUCGAGUACCUGCAGCACCCUGAUGGUUCGGUCGAGCCCAAGAAGAUCCACACCGUUGUCAUCUCGACCCAGCACGCGGAGCCGCUGAAGGCCAAGCGCACGCAGGAGUGCGCCGGCUACAAGGGCGCCGAGAUGACUGCACCCUCCAUGGAGGACAUGAACAAGGAGAUUGAGGAGAAGGUGAUCAAGCGCACGCUGCAGUCUAUCAAGCUGAAGAACGGCCAGCCCGCCAUCAGCCUGUAUGGCAGCCACACGCACCUUCACAUCAACCCUUCCGGCAAGUUCAUCAUUGGCGGACCUCAGGGCGAUGCCGGACUCACCGGCCGAAAGAUCAUUAUCGACACCUAUGGAGGCUGGGGCGCCCAUGGAGGCGGUGCCUUCUCCGGCAAGGACCCAACCAAGGUGGAUCGCUCCGCCGCCUACAUCUGCCGACAGAUGGCCAAGUCCGUCGUUUCCAGCGGACUCAGCGCACGCUGCCUGGUGCAGCUGUCCUAUGCCAUCGGUGUGGCCAAGCCGCUGUCCCUCUUUGUGGAGACCUAUGGAAGCGAGAAGGGCGCUUUGACCGUGGAUGACAUCACCAACCUGCUCAAG